CUGACAACUCACCAGGUCCCAGGAAAUUGUAGUAGGCCAAGAUCAGACUUCAUUCACCCCAACGGCCUCAGUGAAAAUGUUGUCGCAACCUCUUGAAGGAAAGCUACUUGGGCCCACAGCAAAUUCGAGAUCGUGAUUGCCAUUCGGCUUUUUGCGCAGUUGUGAAGACAUCCAAGACUACCAAGCCUCGACAACUGCAGUCGCCAUGAUCAAGCGUCUCGCCGUCUUUAUGUUGGUGGUGCUAGUCGCCAUACUAAGCGUCGCUCACGCCGAUGAUGCCCCCGCGGCCCCGCCCGCAGACGAAGCCCACGCCCCGCCCGGCGUGACGCUCCUCGGAGACAAGGAACCGGUGCCAUCGACCAAAGAGCAAUUGGAGCAGGUCAUUGCUGGUGGAGGCGGCUUCAUCCCGACGGGCGGCAUCACGUACCGCUGGCGCUACACGUACCCGUACCUUGGUGGGUUCCGCUAUGGCUGGCGCUAUCCGCUCGGUUGGUGGAACAGAUGGGGACACUCCAUCUACGGCGGUGGCUGCGGUUUCGGACGCCCGUUCGGCGGGUUCUACUACUGCUAAGUGAUGUGGCAGCUCUUCAUUGAAGCCUGCCGCUAUGACAUGGCAACGGAACCGUGUGCGAGGCUUCAGAUGGAGCAGGGUGAAGGAGGCAAGAGAGAGGAGAAGAUGCAGCAGACAACAGCAGUCGAGAUCGAGCAGAAGACGCAGCGACGUCCACUUUUGAUGAGUUAUGAGUAGCAUGUAGGAACGCAGUUUGCAGCGACGGUAGUGAAGAAUUAAGCAAGUUGCAAACAUGAAUGGUAUCGAUUUAUUUUGACAAGGCGAUUCAAUCUACCGGUAGUCUACAUAUCGCGUCAUCACCCAGUGAUUUGCAAUCAUGUUUCAAC